GGCGUUGUGGCCCCGUCUCCGGCCUUCGAGCAGCAGCUGCUUGACCGGACCUUGCUGAAUUUCCUGCAUCGCCCCUAGGCCCCGGAGUCACAACCGAGUUGGUCGGGCAGUUGGCACAUCUCAACUCGCAGCAGCAGCCCACUUGAUGCCACCAUGGACCAACAACGCCCGGCAUCCCAAAAGGUUCCGGCCGGGCUGGCUUGCGUGCUGAAUUCGCCCGAGGAGAAUCGUGACUCGGCGUAUUUUUCCAGCACUGACACAUCGAGCAAACACACGUCGGCAGCUUCAGGUAUGGGCGUGCUGAGCCCUCCUCAUUCGGGUUUUCAGCCGUCCCCCGUCGACAAGACACCGUCUCCGACGACGACGACAUCCCAUCUGCUUCCGCAGUCGCUCGUGUCACCGGCAACCAGCAACGGCAACAUGAGCGUAGCGUCAAUGGUCUCGCCAACGACACCGGGAAGCUCCGACCCCCGCCGCUUCGACCGGACGCAGUCGAUGGACUCCGCCCCUAACAGCGCCGGUUUCGUCUCCGGGGAUACACCGGAGGCCCUGUCGAGGAGAGAGAGCGUGGAUAGCAGGAUCAACCAGGGUUUCCACGACAUGAGGCUCGGUAACUCGCCCUAUGCGAGCCACAACCAUUCGACGACCUCGAUCCACACGACUUUGCAGCAGCAGAGGAACCCGCGUCCCGCUCUCGACACGCUCUCCGUUCACCGUAUCUCGAAUGGUUACCAGCCAAGUGCCGAGCGGAACCCGGACGGCCACCCGAAAACGAUGAGGAUUGCACCCGCCAUCACGGGCCCGGCCACCAGCCAGAUUGCCCGGGCAGCCGAGCCAACCAAGGGUCAGGCCUGGGCCUUCCCGGAGGAGGAGAUCCAGCGGAUGCCGUCGACUGCGAACGGGUCGCUGAUCGACUCGCGCAGAAGCAGCAUUGCCGAGUCCCGGCUGCCGCCAGGGCAAAGGCGCCUGGAGGAGAGCAUUACCCCCUACCAGCGGCUGUCGAAUGCUUCUGGCGAGUACUCGACGGUUCACCACCACACCCUUCAACACAAGCAGAUCGGAGAGCUACGGAGCGAAGAGGGAAGCGCGCAUGCCGGCACCCAGCCGUACAGCAGGACUCCUGAGCUGCGCGUAAGCCACAAGCUUGCCGAAAGAAAGCGGCGCACAGAGAUGAAGGAGCUGUUUGACCAGCUCAGGGAUUUGAUGCCUCAAGAGAGAGGUUCCAAGGCUUCCAAGUGGGAGAUUUUGACCAAAGCGAUCUCGGAGCACCAACGCCAAGCCGAUCUCAUCAGGCAACUCCAAACCAUCAACGCAACCCAGCAGAACGAGAUUGACAUGCUGCGCCGUGAGCUCGAGCGGAUGCACGGGGCCCAGCAGUCCCGCCCGGUCACGGAUCCCUAUUCCCAGGACCAGUAUGGCAGACCGCGACCACCGGAGCUGCCACCGCUGCGGUCGCUCCAGUCGCCCACGGGCCCACCACCUCAGGGACCCGAGUCGAUGACGGGCGUACAGUACGAGCCGCCGAGAGCUAACGGUUAUCGGCCCGCCGAGACCGGCAGGUUCUAGAUGGCCGUGGUCCGAAUACCUAGGGGGAACCGCCCCGGCGUUCGUGCUUGCUGAGCUUCGACUCUGCAAGCCGGACAGAAGGCCUUAUAUGCUUUGGGCCCUGCCGAUGGGCGCUAGGAUCCCCAGGUUGGACGGUCUGCCAUUGCCGAGCUUUGAGUCUACCGGCCUCUGUUACACCCACGGCAAGGAGACCGCCGACGACUCACUGCCGUGCCGACAGCUCGGCGUUAAUAGAGGACUUGCGAACCACAACGUUAAGGCUUCCUCUCGCGGCGGCCCAGCUGGUCUCCGAAGACACCUCAAGAAGGCAUAGGCGCUCCAGCCCCAAGUUAG